AUAGUUCACUGUACUCGGACUUCAGUAAGGCAUUUGACAAAAAAGACCACAGUCUACUUCUGAUAGCCCAUCAAGAAACUGAUUGGAAUAAGAAGAUGGGGAGAAGAUUUUUCACUCCAAAAGCUCUGAAUCUUCUCAUUCAGCAGUUCCAUUUCAGUACCAUAUUAAAUCGCACAGAGGAUGCCAGGAUCUUGUGGGACAUUAUUUUCUGGACAUGUCCCAACUGGAAGAGCUACUGCAAAAUGAUGACAUUCAAGGCUUAGGCCGUAGAGCCUUCAGAGGGCCCUAACAAAUACCAUGUGCUGCUUACACCAUAUCCUGCAGUAGGAGUUUCUCAAACAGCUAGUGAAGGAACAUCAAGUACUUAUAAACACGUUCAUAAUUUCUGAAGCGCAAUUCAAACAAAAGAAGUUAUGUUGAGGUGGGCUGUUAAGAAAAAUCUACAGUUGGUAAAGUAAAAGCAAUUCCAUCUUUAUUAUACUUGGAAAAAAGGAAACAGCGUUGUUAGUAAUGAAGAGCGUUGCAUAUAAAAAGGAUUAAUUUUGUUUCUCCAACAAACUGGACAUCCUGGUAGCAAGAGAACUUAUAGAUUGUGCAGAAACAGAUUUUAAAAUCCAUAUCACACGGUUUUAUAUGAUGUGCCAAUUUCAGCCCUUCAUGUUCCUGCUUCUUAUGCAACUGAAGCUUCUCAAAGCAGAAGGCAGAUGUAUUUUUGUAGAGGUCCAGCAGCGCUGCAUUUGUUCACUUUUAAAUCAGUCGGAAUUAAAAAAUAUUGCUGUAUGCCUUCUAGCUGCUGAGUAUGAACUCAAAGGAGGAAAUCUGGAACAAUUUGCAGGCUUUUCUGGAAUGAAGCCAAGUUCAAAUAUAAUUGACAUCCUGCAAGCUCUACAGGUAAGAAAGCUCAUCUUUACUGACCUCUUUGUACCGGAAAUUCUGUUACCAAGUGCCCUGGAAUUUAUUUCCCAUACACGUCUUGUUUCAGAACUUGAAUUUGUUAAUUGCACUUUCCUUAGACCUGUACACUGGCAAUAUACAAGGUCUUUGAAUCUAAAAGUUACCUCUCUGCGUUUCCACAAAGUGAUUGCUGCCCCUCUGGAUGAAAGAUUUGAUAUAUACAACCUGAAGAGGUGGCUGGAGACCCUGGAAAAUCUGACACUGACAGAGUCACAAGUUGCAUCUAUUCCUUGUAAGAUUGGCAGACUAUUCAGAGCAUUACAAUUUUUGGAUAUUUCAGGAAAUAAUUUUCAGGAUCAAAGUAUAAACUCAACAUUCUGCAAAGGUGUUUUUCCACAGCUCCAAGUAUUAAAACUAAAUCACAAUAAUUUGACUUCUUAUGAGACUUUGUGCAAGACUCUUAGUAAUUUUGAUACGCUUACUCACUUGGAUUUGAGUCAGAAUUACUUCCUGCCUGGAGUCCUCCCUUUCCGCUGUAUGUGGCCACAAUCACUUCAGAUUUUUAAUUUGUCUGACACAGGAUUAGAACGUAUGGAUCGAUUACUGCCUCCCAACAUUAAAGUAUUAGAUCUGAGUGCUAAUAACAUCUUUACUCUAGAUUUCUCACAUUCUGCUUUGAAAGAGCUCUACUUGUCCAAUAAUAGGCUACAGACAUUCCCAUCAGUCCAUCAGCUUCCUAAUCUGGAGAUCCUGAAUUUAGAUGGAAACUGCAUGUCAAGGUUACAGAGCAAGAAUUUAUUGUAUCUGAAACAUUUACAGAGCUUAAAGGCUGGCCACAACCCGUAUAACUGUUCUUGUACUUACUAUAUCAAGGAAAUCCAAGACUUAGCAGUCAAAGAAUCAUUGCUGCUUGAUUGGCCUCAGAAUUAUGUAUGUGAGUCCCCUCCUAUUUAUCAGGGCUAUCUAGUAAAAGAUGUGCCUCUAUCACUAUUAUAUUGCAACAAGACUCUGAUCAGUCAAGGCUCAGUAGUCAAUCUAUUAAUGUGUCUUUCUCUUGUUCUUCAUUUGCUUCUAGCAUAGCUACGAGAAUACUAAUUGCAGUGCUUGUACUCAGAACACAGUUUAAUCUCAUGUAAGUUAAAGAGCUAGAUUUGUUCAGUAUUUUUCAGAAAUUAUAACAAUAGAGAAUGAAAAAAGCAUGGGUUUUUUUGAAAAUAUUACAUGUUGACAUUUGUUUGUCAUCAAGACUCCCCAGCUGGCAGAACAAUCACUACUAAUCAUUCUCCUCAAAGUCAUGAAGGAUGUUUGAAUGGAUGGUUGGAACUCACAACUCUUUUGUCAAAGAAUGAAAGAGUAUUUUACACUUCAAUAUGUAUAAAGAACAUGUGAAAUAUAAAAGUGAAAUAUAAAAGUUUGUGUAUGGGGAAAAACACACAAAGAAUAAAGUGGGAUGGAAUUCUCACACUGAACCUCCCCAUGCUUCUGGUGAGUUGCUGCCUGUCAGUCCGGUAAUUUUUAACACAGGAAAAUAUUCAAAGGAUUGGAGGGCAUAUUAUUAAGAACAUUUUUACUUUUUUAUGUUAAUAGCGAUUUUUAAAAACACAUUUUGCAAAUAGAAUCGAAGCAUAUUCUAUGAAGAAAUUUAGGAAAGUUGGUGUAUACAAGCUGAAAAGAUGCAUCUUAUGUACAAUAUUAUUUUAUAGUUGACAUAUAAGCAGUUGGUAAUGUGGAAGUAACUUGAUUAAUAUAUUUAAAAAAUCAAAUAAAAAGGCCCCAUAUUCCAAUUAAUACCCUGAAGUUACUAAUGCAGAUGUUUCAUGAGACACUGUUCAGUAGAAAUGUGACAUAAAGAAUCUGUUAUCUAGAGAAUAGUUGAAAUUUGUACAGUCAAAUCAAUCUUCUGGUUCUUUCCCAUGUAUGUUAUAUAGCUUUUGAUAAUCUAUUUAAUCAAUUGUAUCAUACUUGGAAAUAUUUGUCUCUGAACCACCUCCUGAAGAGUUAUUGUGAUUUGUGAUUAUUUCUAAAACAUAGGUGUCCUUGACCUAAAACAAUAUGUCCACCUGAAUUAGGAAAGGUGGUUUCUCAUAGGUCAUGUAAAUAAUAGGUUGAUGGGAAAGAUACUUGCCUAUGGGCACAUCCAAUUGCAAAGUGAAGCAUUACUUCUGACAAUAUAUUCAUUGUGAAUAUGAGCAGCAGAUAGUCUGCUUUCACUUCACCCAUUCUUCAUACCUUAGCCUCUCCUUUUGAAAUAUGCAUUUAUCUGGUAAUCUUUUGUUGCAUACAUUUGGAGAAGAAUCGGUAAUGGUAAUAGUAAACUAAUAGUAAAUUUGGAAGUGUUCUUCUGAUAAUUUUAAGAUGGUCUUUGGAAGGAGUUAUGGGAGAGGGAGAUUAUUUUUCCAAAACACUGAAAUUAUAUUUUGCAGCUUAAUAUGAUGAUUUAACUUUAUGAAGGAUAAAAUAAGGUUGAAAAAGUAAAGGUGAAAGAUCAGGAAAAGUAUGGACUUAUUAGAACUCACAUAAGAGAGGAACCAUAAUCUAACAAACUGUUCACUUAUAAUAAUAAUAAUAAUAAUGUUUUAAUUUGUAUACCGCCCUUCUCCCGAAGGACUCAGGGCGGUGAACAGGCCAAUAAAAUACAAACAGAAACAUACACCAUAAUUAAAACAACCCUUAAAAAACUGAUUCGAUAUGCCAGAGAAUUUAAAAUACCAUUACACCCCAUAAAAAUGACAGGAAUUUAAAACCCACAAUUAAAAUAUUUAAAAUUUAAAAUCAGGCCAGUCCAGCCAUAUGAAAUAAAUAAGUUUUAAGUUCGCGGCGAAAGGUCGUAAGGUCAGGUAGUUGUCGAAGCCCGGGGGGAAGCUCGUUCCACAGGGUAGGAGAAGCUAUGAGAAGCUAAUUUUUUCCAAGUAUAGGAAGAAAUUCAAUAGAGAAGAUUUAACCAGUCUCAAAUAUAAAAUAUAUAUUUCUGUAAUAUCUCCCUCUUUAGUAGCCAUUUUUUUAAAAAGUAUUACAUUUUAUUAUAAGAUAAAAAUGCAAAACAAAAUAAAAAUGCAAAACAAAAUAAAAAUUAGAAAACUAAGAAAGAUAGAGAAGGAUGCAGAGAGAAAGAAAAAAAAAGAUAGUGAUUUCCAAUUUUUUUCAGGGCAAUAAAGUACAAAAAAGACAUUGCAACCUCAACCUUUACAACAUUUCAGGCCAUUUCUAUGGCAACAAAAUCAUUCUAAUCAUCAAAACCUAAAAUCAAAGUUUCAUUUUUUUUCAGUUUCAAGCAAAAAGUCCAUAGUUUCCAAAUAGAAACAAAGCUAGAUAAAUUGUUCUCUUUAAUUAAAACAGUAAGUUUUAUUAUCUCUGCCAACUCUAUUGUUGUGCCUCAUCCUCCCUCCCCUCCUCCGCCGGGCCCCUCCCGUCUUCAUCCGGGCCUGCUAUCAGAGUCCGAGUCUGAUAAUGAAGAUGAACGGCCUGCAUGCCUCCAGCCCCGGGCCCUGGCCUCAUGCCCGGACAGGAUGUCAGGAAUGAACAAACAAACCUCACUCAUACGGCGUGUGUUCCUUUGGCUCAGCCAUCAGAGGAAGUCAGCCACGGAUUGGAAUUGCUCGGGCCUACUCCUUCUGACCCCUCCCUUUCUCAAACAGCAGAAGACAAUUCAAAGUGGGAGGAUCCUCGCUUCCGGAGAUCUGAGAGGCGACGCCAGCAGAAGGAAGGGAGGGGCAGGCCUGGAUAAAUGCUAAGUCAUGGAGCCACACCCCACAGCCUAUAUAAAGGACCUGCUUUUGGCAUUCCAACAUUGAGUCAAGCAAAGUCUCAUCUAGUUUGCUGAAGUCACAACUUGGACUCCUGCUUGCCCUGAGAAACCUGGAAGGAAUUUGGCAAAGCUGCAGAGGCUUCAUUGCCACGCUUGAUACGGACUUCCUAGACCCGGUCGUCGGAGGGGGAGGGGGACAUGACAUCUAUCAUGUUUAUCAUUCUUUCUUCUUUUGUGGGAAUUAGUGUUUCUUUCUAUCUUUGCACAUAUAAAAUUCUGGCCAUUGUCAACAUAUAUAAUAACAAAGUUCCAAAUUUUCUUUCAAGCUCUUUGUCCAUUUCUUUGUAAAAAAAAUGUAUGGUUUAAAUUUUGUAUUUAUUUUAAGAAUUCUCUGAAUUAAGAUAAAAAUCUGGUUCCCCCUUUUUUUUUGCUUUAUCACAAGUCCACCAGAGUAUUAAAAAGUACCCUCUUUGUAAUUACAUUUCCAAUAUACAUUCAUUCAUUGUUUGUCUCUGGGAUUGUGAAAGUUUUUAUAAUAGUUGUUUUUGUAGAUAUUCUGCUACCUUUUCCAAAUGCAUGUCCUCUUUUUAUAUAAGUUGGAAUAAAAAUUGUUACUACUGUAAGUGCUGUUUGAGAACAAGCUUCAGUGAAGCUUGUACUGUACAGGGGCGUGUUUCAAAACCCAUCGCUACCAGUUAGCUAUGGGUGUGUGCCUGCUUGCACGUGCGCACAACACUUCUGCGCAUACACAGAAGCAUCUGGGCGGGUGGGCAGAGCCUCCCACUCAGUGGUGGGUUGCUACCAGUUCUGACCGGUUCUUAAGAACCGUUGGCAAAAAUCUGGCCAAGUUCACAGAACUGAUGGCGAUACCCAUCUGGCCACGUCUCCGAACCGGUUUCCUUGGCCGAAGAGGUUGUAAAAACAAAAGGUUUUAAACGGCUCCUCUGGCGAUCCCAGCUGUAUUGCUGAUCACCAGAACCUUUAAAAAAUAUGUUUUCUACAAGCUCUUCAGCCGAAGAGCUUGUAGAAAAAAUCUUUUUAAGAGGUUGCGAUCAUCUGGGCUGCGAUGAGGCAACUUCAGCUGGGAUCGUCAGAGGAGCCUUUUAAAAUCUUUUUUUCCUCUGGUGAUCCCAGUUGAGUUUCCUGAUCAUCACAGGCUUUUAAAACCAUUUUUUACAGCCUCUUACAACAGUCCCCACCCAUGCCCACCCAAUCCCCACUCCUCACUUACCUAAUUACUGCUCCUUUUGGGCUCGCAAAACCAUGGCUUCUGCAAUCAGUUGCAUCAGCUAGCAACUGAAUCUGCCUGCCUGCAAUCCAUCUCCUCGGUGAGCAACUCAAUCUGCCUGCCUCAAUUGGGUAAGUAAACUAUUAAAAAAUAGUUAAUUGGGGUUUUUUUAAGGAGUUGGGUUUUUAGACAGCAAUUAAAAGUUAAGAAAGUUUUAAAUUUAGCUCCUUUAUCUAAAACAGGGGUCUCCAACCUUAGUAACUUUAAG